AUGGAGUAUCCGGCUAUUUUACCACUCUCUAAUCUGAAAGAAGAAACUCUGAUUGUCGAUAAGAAGUCCAAGAGGAAGAACAAAAAUGCUGAAAAGAAGAGAAAGGGGUUGAUUGAAGAGGAUUCAUGUAGUGCCACUGAAGAUAAGUUGUUGCAGGAUGGAAAUGAAGUUCACGAUGGAAAGACUAAAACCAAGAAGAAGAAGAAGAGAAAAUCGGUUGAGAUUCAAGAAAAUACAGAUCAGGUUGAAUUACAGGAAAAUAGGAAUGACAUUGACACUGUUAGUGUUAACUAUGUUUCUUCUUCUCAGAAUGUCUCUCGGCCUACAGUUAAAAGAACCCUUUCGGCUUCUGAGAAGAGGGACGAGGCUUACAAAAGAAGAACUCCUGAUAAUACAUGGAAGCCUCCACGGUCUGAGAUUGUUCUCCUUCAAGAGGAUCACGUUCAUGACCCUUGGAGGGUGUUGGUUAUAUGCAUGCUUCUCAACCAAACUGCUGGUUGGCAGGUAAAAGAGGUUUUACCGAAACUGUUCGAGUUAUGUCCAGAUGCAAAAUCUCUUACACAAGUUUCAGAUGAGGAAAUUUCACAGGUAAUAUGGGGUCUAGGUUUUCAACGUAGAAGGGCACGUAUGUUACGACGGUUCUCUAAGGAAUACUUGGGGGAAAGAUGGACACAUGUAACUCAACUCCAUGGUGUUGGCAAGUAUGCAGCGGAUGCAUAUGCUAUAUUUUGUACAGGAAAGUGGGAUCAAGUGAGACCUGCAGAUCACAAGCUAAACGAGUAUUGGGAAUGGCUCCAUGAAACUCAAGCAUAA